UAAAUAGCAUUUUUAGUUUAAAUAACUUAUUAUAUUAUUUAAUAGUUUAGUCUAAUAAGUAAUGUAUAGACUACUAGUCCUAUCGAUGGCUGUAGGCCUGUGCGCCACAGCUGCCAUCAAAAACGAUAGCCAUGUGCUGAUAGUUGGCGGUACGGACGCGGAACCGGGUGCUAAUCCGCAUCAAUGUUCACUGAGACGGUCGUCCCAUUCGUGUGGCGCCUCGAUUAUCAGCGAUGAAUGGGUAGUAACGGCUGCCCAUUGUAUAGACGGAUCGUCUCCAUCAUCGCUAUCCCUGCGCUGCGGUACUGAAUUGCACGCCUCCGGCGGUGUCGACUUUACCGUAGCCGAGCUCAUACCUCACGAGUCGUACGAUUCGUGGGCACUGGACUACGAUGUCGGUCUCAUACGUAUUAAUGGCCGUUUUUCGCUCGGUUCGGGUAAUGUCAAUAAAAUUGAAUUGACCGGCGAUAACGACCAGUUGCCAGCUAAAGAUAAGGUUACGGUUACCGGUUGGGGUGCUAUCCGGGAGGGCGGUGCCCUACCAGCCCGACUACAGACUGUUGAUGUACCCGUUGUGGCCAAUGAUGUUUGCAAACAAAAAUACGACGGUUUCAAUGAUAUAACCGACCGUAUGUUCUGUGCCGGUGUCGAUGAGGGUGGCCUAGACUCGUGUCAGGGUGACUCUGGUGGACCAGUCAAGCACCAAGGUAAAUUGGUUGGUGCCGUUUCAUGGGGCUAUGGCUGUGCCCGACCCAACUAUCCCGGUGUCUAUACACGAUUGUCAACGUUGAGGGCCUGGAUUAAGGGCAAGACUAGCAUUUAAAUGGAUUAAAAAAAUAAAUAAAUAAAUAAUAAAUAAAUACACAAUUAUGUAGUAUUUUUUAUAAAAAAAUUUA